UGUUAAUUGGACCACAUGUAACAUGGAGUUCAAAUCUGUUUCGAUAAAUGAAGUUGUGAUAGUAUCCGCUGUGAGGACGCCUAUAGGAUCGUUCGGGGGAGCUCUGUCGAGUUUAUCAGCGACGAAGCUGGGUGCUAUUGCUGUUGAAGCAGCUGUCGAAAGAGCUGGCAUACCCAAGGAAGAAAUCAAAGAGGCUAUAAUUGGCAACGUGUGCUCCGCGAACCUCGGUCAGGCACCAGCCCGACAAGCAGUAAUAUUUGCCGGACUGCCGAGCUCUACAAUAUGCUCCACUAUAAACAAGGUAUGUUCGUCCGGAAUGAAGGCUGUCAUCUUCGCAAUCCAAACGCUACAAGUUGGCGCCCAUGACGUGGUACUAGCUGGAGGAAUGGAAUCCAUGUCCAACAUUCCCUUUUACCUAAAAAGAGGUAAAAUUCCUUACGGAGGAACAGCACUCCUCGAUGGGAUUCUUCAGGAUGGUUUAACUGACGUGUACAACCAGUACCACAUGGGCGACUGCGCUGAGAACGCAGUAAAGAAAUUCAAUUUUUCGAGAGAAGAGCAGGAUGAACAUGCCAUGAACAGUUACCGGAAGACGGCAGCGGCUUAUGAGGCGAACGUGUUUUUUAAAGAACUCGUCGCGGUAAGUGUGCCUCAGAAGAAAGGUCCACCUAUUCUAGUCACGGAAGAUGAAGAAUACAAAAAUAUAGAUUUCGAAAAGUUCACAAAAUUAUCGCCAGCGUUCCAAAAAGACGGUACAAUCACUGCAGGGAAUUCGUCUCCAUUGAACGACGGCGGGGCUGCCGUUGUUCUAAUGACAGCCGAAGCAGCAAAUAGGACGAAAACAAAACCACUCGCUAGAGUUAUUGGCUAUGCAGAUGGUGAGAGGGAUCCUAUCGACUUUACACUAGCUCCGGCUGUAGCAAUAACAAAUUUACUAGAGAAGACUGGGGUGAACAAACAUGAUAUAGCUCUCUGGGAGAUAAACGAGCCAUUUAGUAUGGUGACGAUGGCGAACCAGAGGCUAUUAGGAAUAGAUCCAGCAAAGAUCAAUAUUCAUGGUAGUGCAGUAAGCAUGGGCCAUCCUAUUGGAAUGUCUGGAACUCGGCUGAUAGCUCAUUUAUGUCAUGUCUUGAAUAAAUGCGAGUUGGGUGUAGCGACAACUUGCAAUGGAGGAGGAGGGGCGUCUUGUAUCAUGAUUGAGAAGCUUUAAAAUAAUCAGUCAUUUGAUCGACUCAUAUAUGAAAUAUUUAAAUAAUUAAAUGUUUAUGCUAUUAUUAUACCUGACUUCUAUUAGGUAUUGACUUAGAAAUAGAACUACAGAAGUACUUACUUCAUUAUACAGUUUAUUGUGGUACAUAAACAAACCUUUUACAAUUAGGUAAAUGGACAGUAACAUAAAGCUAAUUAUACAAGCUUCAGGCCGCGACUCCGCGAGGCUUCUAAUAGUCCGCGCUCCAAUCUACACUAUAUCUUUAUAAAGAGGUCUAAUAUUGUUUGCAAAAUUUUAU